AUGAUGUUUCAUGGUCAAGGGUUUUCGAGAAACCGUUGUAAUGUUGUGGCAGUUGUUUGUGGAGACCAGAAAGCUCAAGCUCAUCAACGCAAUUACCCUUUCCCGGAUCUCUCUUCUUCAGGGCGACUCAAAUUUCAGGUACUGAAUAAUCCGACUACUGAAGAGUUCCAGGUUGCUAUAAACUCCUCCGCACCGAAUAUAGUGUACUUGCAAGGAGAGCAGAGUGGAGAUAGUGAUGAAGUUGGUCCUUUAGUGUUGGGAUAUGCUGAUUAUUCUACUCCUGAUGCCUUGCUUACUCUGUUUGGCUCCACAUUACCGACAACGGUUUAUCUUGAGCUCCCAAAUGGUGAAGAAUUAGCUCAAGCACUCUACUCUAAGGGUGUUCAAUAUGUUAUAUAUUGGAAAAAUGUGUUCUCGAAGUAUGUAGCCUGCCAUUUCCGCCACGCUCUGUUUUCAAUCAUACAGAGUUCGUGCAGCGAUACAUGGGAUGCGUUCCAAGUUGCAGAAGCAUCUUUCCGACUUUACUGUACUAGUAACAAUGAUGUGCUUCCUUCGAACAACGACCGUAAAAUUAAUUACGAGAUGGGGCCCAGCUUGCUUGGAGACCCUCCCAAGAUUGAUGUGGUUUCACCGGGAGCUGAUGAACUAGAAGAGGACAAUUCAUUAGAGAGUCUUCCAUCAAUAAAGAUAUAUGAUGAAGAUGUAACCGUGAGGUUCCUUUUGUGUGGACCACCUUGCACACAGGAUACGUUUUUACUGGGAUCUUUGGUGGAUGGACUAAAUGCGCUCUUGAGAAUAGAAAUGCGUGGAAGUAAGCUCCAUAACCGUUCUAGUGCUCCAGCACCUCCACUUCAAGCAGGAACAUUUACUCGUGGUGUAGUGACCAUGCGUUGUGAUAUCUCGACCUGUUCUUCAGCACAUAUAUCAAUGCUGGUGUCUGGAAAUGCGCAGACCUGUUUCAGUGACCAGCUUUUGGAAAAUCACAUAAAACAUGAGGUGGUUGAGAAGAUCCAACUAGUCCACUCGGUGGUGAACUCGGAGGAAACAAAUCGGAGUUUCUCUGAGCCUCGGAGAUCUGCCUCCAUAGCUUGUGGGGCAAGUGUGUGUGAAGUCUCAAUGCAAGUCCCAACAUGGGCUCUGCAGGUUUUAAGACAGCUUGCGCCUGAUGUAUCAUACCGCAGUUUGGUUGUCCUUGGAGUAGCCAGCAUUCAGGGUUUGUCUGUUGCUUCCUUUGAAAAAGAUGAUGCAGAACGUUUACUUUUCUUCUGCGGACAACAGAUCAAUGAAGCUUCAAAUCAUGACUCUCUUCUAUCAAAAAUUCCUCAAUGGUUAACUCCUCCCUUGCCAACCAGAAAAAGAUCCGAGCCAUGCAGAGAAAGUAAGGAAAUGGAAAACGGAGGCCCUACAUCAAAGAAAAUCAAUGUGGCUGCUCUGAGACCAAUACCGCACACCCGUAGACAUAAGAUGAUACCGUUCUCUGGUUACUCUGAGAUAGGAAGAUAUGAUGGUGACCACAACAAAGGAAGCUUGCCUAUGCCUCCUAAGCAUGGCGCAUCAGGUGGCACUCCUGUGACUCACCGUAAAGCUUUCUCCGGUUCUUACCAGAGGAAACAAAUCAUCUCGCUAAACCCUCUGCCUCUCAAGAAACACGACUGUGGAAGAGCACAUAUUCAGAUUUGCUCAGAGGAGGAAUUCCUGAGGGAUGUGAUGCAGUUUCUGAUAAUACGAGGACAUAGCCGGCUUGUUCCUCCAGGGGGACUAGCAGAGUUUCCUGAUGCUGUUCUCAACUCAAAACGGCUUGAUCUUUUCAACUUGUACAGAGAGGUUGUGUCGCGAGGAGGGUUCCACGUAGGGAAUGGGAUCAACUGGAAAGGACAAGUUUUCUCAAAGAUGCGGAACCACACACUCACAAACAGAAUGACUGGAGUAGGCAAUACGCUGAAAAGACACUAUGAGACGUAUCUACUCGAGUAUGAGUAUGCUCACGAUGAUGUAGAUGGAGAGUGUUGCUUAAUUUGUCGCAGUAGCACGGCGGGUGACUGGGUGAACUGUGGAUCGUGCGGAGAGUGGGCUCAUUUCGGAUGCGACAGAAGGCCCGGCCUCGGCGCCUUCAAGGACUAUGCCAAAACGGAUGGGUUGGAGUACGUGUGCCCAAACUGUAGCGUCUCUAAUUACAAGAAGAAGUCUCAGAAGACCUCCAAUGGCUUGCUUGUACCUUAG